UUUGAAGAUAAUGAUAAGGGGAAGCACUCAACGCAGGACAAUUGUAAUCCAAACUAUAAUUUGAUUUGAUUUGGUGAUUUGUGAUUUCCCAUAUAACUGGAGAUUUGAACGACCAAACCCAGGAAGACGAAGAAAGAAAUGUCAAAGGAGGAGAUAUUCAUUGGUGCCAUUGAUCAAGGCACCACCAGUUCGAGGUUCAUCAUCUAUGAUCAGAAGGCGCGUCCCAUCGGGAGUCACCAGGUCGAGUUCACUCAGUUCUACCCAGAAGCCGGCUGGGUGGAGCAUGAUGCGGUUGAGAUACUGGAGAGUGUGAAAGUGUGUAUGGCGAAGGCGUUGGACAAGGCGACGGCUGACGGACACAAUGUGGACAGUGGAUUGAAGGCCAUCGGGUUGACCAAUCAGAGAGAGACUACUCUUAUUUGGAGCAAAUCCACCGGUUCUCCUCUCUAUAAUGCUAUUGUUUGGAUGGAUGCUCGCACCAGUUCGGUUUGCAGGAAAUUGGAGAAAGAAUUGAGUGGUGGAAGAACCCAUUUUGUGGAGACAUGUGGUUUGCCUAUUAGCACUUAUUUCAGUGCAAUGAAACUGAUAUGGUUAAUGGAAAACGUAGAUCCUGUUAAACAAGCUAUAAAGUCAGGGGAUGCUAUGUUUGGAACGAUGGAUACUUGGUUGAUAUGGAAUUUAACUGGUGGUGUGAAUGGUGGUUUGCAUGUCACUGAUGUUUCUAAUGCGUCGCGGACGAUGCUCAUGAAUCUUAAAACUCUUGACUGGGAUAAACAUACCCUUGAAACAUUGGGAAUUCCAGCCGAAAUUCUACCUAAAAUUGUAAGUAACUCUGAGGUUAUCGGAAAAAUUGGCAAAGGGUGGCCGAUUACUGGGAUUCCAAUUUCAGGAUGUCUUGGAGACCAACACGCAGCUAUGUUAGGGCAGGCUUGCAGAAAAGGCGAGGCUAAAAGCACUUAUGGUACUGGUGCUUUUAUACUUCUCAACACUGGUGAAGAGAUAGUUCAGUCAAAACAUGGUCUUUUAAGCACUUUAGCCUAUAAGCUUGGUCCAGAAGCACCAACUAAUUAUGCUCUAGAGGGUUCAAUUGCGAUUGCUGGUGCUGCAGUUCAGUGGCUCAGAGACAGUCUUGGGAUAAUUACCACUGCAAAUGACAUUGAAGGAUUGGCCUCGCAGGUUGAUUCGACUGGUGGAGUCUAUUUUGUACCUGCUUUCAAUGGAUUGUUUGCGCCAUGGUGGCGUGAUGAUGCACGUGGGAUUGUUAUUGGAAUUACAAGGUUUACAAGUAAGGCUCACAUCGCUCGAGCUGUGCUCGAGAGCAUGUGUUUUCAAGUGAAUGAUGUUUUGGAUUCAAUGCAGAAGGAUGCAAUGGAGAAGGGUCAGAAGACUCACUUCGUGCUCAGAGUUGAUGGAGGUGCUACUGUUAAUAACCUGUUGAUGCAAAUUCAGGCGGAUUUGUUGGGAAGUCCAGUGGUGAGACCGGCGGACAUAGAGACAACAGCUCUUGGAGCAGCAUAUGCAGCUGGAUUAGCAGUUGGGGUAUGGAAGGAGGAAGAAAUAUUUGCUUCAGGAGAAAAGGCAAAGACUUCCACCAGAUUUAAGCCUGCCUUAGAGGAACAACUUAGAAAGAGGAAGGCAGAAUCUUGGUGCAGAGCGGUUGAAAGAACUUUUGACUUGGCUGAUCUCUCUCUUUGAUGAAUUUCUCACUUUGUGUAGAUUCUUGUUAAUUCCAGACAUUGUUAAGAACUCUUUCCGCUUCUCUAGUAAUUUAAUAAGGGAUUUUGCCCUUUUGGGUUGGAUUUGAUGCUCUA